AUGGAUGCUUGUGAUGCUUAUCCCAAAUACAUCUCUACAAAAACCUGCAAUAUUACUCACUGCUGGAUCAGAGGAGGCGAUCCACCAAUGAAUGCGUUAUGUGCGGUCAAGUUCUAUGAUUUUAUUCCUAUCAGAUAUGAUUUCGAUGUUCCAUUAGAAUACGUUAAACUUGGCACAACAAUGCAAAAUGUCGGAUUAAUGAUUGGAGCCAUUGUAGCUGGCAAUUUAGCAGAUAUCUAUGGCAGGAAAAAGGUACUGUUAACAGCUACUGUAGGAUUGAUAGUAUUUCUUGCUGUGACCCCAUUAUCGUCGUCGUUUGCUGCGUUUACUAUACUUCGCUUUUUCGAUAUGCUAUUUACAGGAGGACAGCACUGGUGAGU